AUGGUAAAGAAGCGUGUGCACAAGGGAAAGAAGAAGGCCCGCUCAGAGACCUACAGCACCUACAUCUUCAAGGUGCUCAAACAGGUCCACCCAGACACAGGAGUUUCCAAAAAGUCAAUGUUGGUAUUGAACUCAUUCGUUACUGACACCUUCGAGAAACUUGCAACCGAGGCUGGUAAACUUUGCAAGUACAACAAGAAGGAAACCCUCAGCUCAAGAGAAGUACAAACAGCCGUCAGGCUCGUACUUCCCGGUGAAUUGGCAAAACAUGCCGUUUCUGAGGGAACAAAGGCCGUAACUAAGUUCACAGGCAAACACCAUUAA